AGCACAAAGACAGGAAGUGACGCAAUGCGAAACCCUUCUCAGCGUUCUGUUUACGCGGUUUAUUAAGAUAUAGCUACGACUGAGAGUGGACACUAUGUCAACAAAGAAACUAGCCAAGGAGCUGGGGAUAAUCAGGAAGCGCACUCCAUCUUCCAGUUCACAUGCACACACACCAUCUGCUUCAAAUCAGCUGUUCUCAUAUCUGAUCAUCAUUGACUUUGAGUCCACAUGCUGGAAGGAGAAGAACAACCAUGGACAAGAGAUCAUUGAGUUCCCUGCUGUACUGAUGAACACACACACCGGACAGAUAGAGUCUGAGUUCCACUCGUAUGUCCAGCCACAGGAACAUCCACUUCUCUCCUCCUUCUGUACAGAGCUCACGGGCAUUACACAGGAGCAGGUGGAGGCGGGGCUUCCUCUGCAGAUCUGCCUGUCCAGGUUUACACGCUGGCUUCACACACUGCAGCAGGAGAGAGACGUGGUGUUCCUGAGCGAUGACACACACACACACACCACUGCAGCCAGGAAACCCUGCGCCUUCCUCACCUGGUCAGAUUGGGAUCUCGGUGUGUGUUUGCAGUACGAGUGUAAACGCAAGCAGAUCACUAAACCUGAGUCUCUGAAUAGCUGGAUUGACCUUCGAGCUACAUACAGGAUUUUCUACAACCGCAAGCCAAAAGGCCUUAAUGGAGCCCUGCAGGACCUGGGCAUUGAGUUCUCCGGGCGAGAACACUCUGGUCUGGACGAUGCUCGGAACACUGCCCGAUUGGCUUGGCGCAUGAUCAGAGAUGGCUGCAUGAUGAAAGUAACGAGAGUUCUGAAGUCUGUGGUUCCAGUGAGAGGAGUGUGUGCAGACAGACGUGUGUGUGACAUGAGGAAAGAGAAGCAGCCGACACACACCAGCGACACACACACUGUGACAUCAUCACACACGAGUCUGGUGUCCCUGUGCACUGUGCUGUCCUCCAUCACCCCACUGCACACACUGACCGUCACACACGCCUCACGCCCGGACCCCACCGUCACACACGCCUCACGCCCGGACCCCACCGUCACACACGCCUCACGCCCGGACCCCACCGUCACACACGCCUCACGCCCGGACCCCACCGUCACACACGCCUCACGCCCGGACCCCACCGUCACACACGCCUCACGCCCGGACAUGCCAACGUCUGAUUGGUCAGAGGAGUGUGUGGUGACGGAAUUUGGGGAUUCUGCUUCCUAUGACGAUGUGAUAUUAGAAGAAGACUCUGGAAUCGUGCCCCGUGACUCCGCCUCUCCUGUGUGUCAGAGAAAGCCACGCCCAAUUAACUCCAACCCCUCCUGUAUAAUUGAAGACCCAGUCAGAUCUCUGAAAGAACUCAAUACAAGAACAACUCCCACAAUCACUUUCUCUAUUUACAGUGACCAAUCACGUCAGUCCUACUCCUCUUCCUCCUCUUCUUCAGUGUUUCGUGUUCCUUCCUCCAUUCUUUCAUCAACCUGCAACCAAUCAGCUCGGUGCUCCGUCUCUGUAAACCAGUCAAAGCUCUCUUCUCUCUCUGUAAACCAAUCAGCUCGCUCCUUUUAUUCCGUCAAUCAAUCAGGUGCUUCCAUCUCUCUUAACCAAUCAGCUUUCCCCUAUAUCUCUGUCAACCAAUCUUCUCACUCAUCUUGUUCUAUCAACCAGACCCGCCCUUCUUGCUCAGUUAACCAAUCAGCUUUCUCCUUCUCUAAGGCGUUGCCCCUCCCAUCUCCAAGAGGCACAUCUUGUAUCCCCAACAAAUCCACUCUCUCUUCUGUCUCUUUCAACCGGUCCUCUGUCUCCAUCAACCAAUCAGCUUUCUCCACCUCCUUCUCUAAACGGUUGCCCCUCCCCCCUCUGAAGGGCGGAGUUAAAAUCACUGCUCCCCUGUGUGAUUGUGGUCGGCGUUCAAGGAGAUUGACGGUGUGUAACGGUGGACCAAACCAAGGUCGGGCCUUCUACACCUGUGCAGGGAGGAGGAGCUCGGGCCCCGUCCCUCAUGGCUCCACCCAUCCAGGCCGCACAGCUCGUGGCAAUGGGUGUGGCUUCUUUAAGUGGGAGUUGACUCUGAUUAAAUUGUCAGCUAUGAGCAGAAACACUUCGGCUCUGAGCUUCAACCUGAAUACAGCAGCUUCCAGGAACUUUCGAUGACUUCCUGUCUCACUCUCUAAACCUGUCUCACUUUCUAAACCUGUUUUAUAUUCUCUUUGAACCUGUCUCACUCUCUACAAGUGUUUUACAACCGGUCUCACUCUUAAAACCUGUCUCACCUCUCUCAUUUUCUAAACCUGUCUCACUCACUCUAAAAUUCUCACUUCUCUCUUAAUCUGUCUCACUCGCUUUCUAAACCUGUCUAAUUCGAUCUCAGUACCUGUCUCACAUUCUCUCUUCGGAAACCUGUCUCACUCUGUCUAAACCUCUCUCUCUCUCUGUGUAUAUAUAUAUAUAUAUAUAUACCUGUCUCUUCCUCUCUACACCUGUCCUGCCUGCUCACUCCUGACCUGUCUGUCUCUCUGUACCUGUCUCACUCUAUCGGGUGUGUUCUGUAUAAAUUCACUGUGUGUAGCUGUGUAAGUGUGUAAUGUUGUUGAAUGUAAAAUUCUGACGUCAUGAAUGUUUAUUUUUAGAUUAUUUAUAUUUAUUUGGAAUGAGACGUUAAUCGGUGUCAUCAUGUCAUGUCUUUAUCAC